AUGGCUCAGGCACUGCUUCCACCUUCCUCUCUCUCCAAUUCGUCCACGGACGUACGCAGAACUUCAUCUACCACCUCAGCAAUCUUUGGUUCCAAGUUGAGAUUGUUGGAAAUUGAGCAGACCCAUUUGAGAUUUUCGAAUUCUUCCAAGAAAUACAUUCAUUUUAAGAUUACAGACAUCCAUGCAACCUUCGGGAUUGACCCCAAGAGAUAA